AUGGAACCCGUUCCAAAUAACUCUUCCUUUUCUCCCGAAUUUACUUCUGAUAGUCCACAAGAAUGGUUUUUUGAUCUUGACUGCCUUGAUGAAGAGUUGCCAUUUCCCUUGUCACCAACCAAUUAUGAUCUCUGUCCACCACAAGACUACAGUUUUGAUCAGUAUGGAGCUGGCCCUUCCAACAUCUCUAGUCCUGCUCCUCCCCCACGGAGAAGCGUCAAGAGCACAAGGUUCCCUUCUGAUGAAGAGUUGACCUACCUCAGGAGGUAUGCACAAGUGGCAGAGGAUUUCAACUUCAAGAGGCUAAAUUUGGAUGUGGUAAAGAUGCCUCCGCAGCGUCUACAGUUUAAAAAUUUGGAUGCUCUCCCUCAAGGAGUCUCACUCAACGAUCACAUGGCCAAAGUUUUUGACAUUUUCAUUCGGAAAAUGAUUCAAAAAGGCAGGAGGGAACCUAUCCAGUACAAAAUACUGGCUAAAGUAAGGGUGAAGAAACUCUUCAAGAGUCGGAAACAACUUUUAGAGACGCCUGUCAAAAAAAUACCCAUCUCGAAAACGCGGGCAACAAAACCAAAGAAUUCAGAGUUCUUGAUAAAUCAAAAAAAGAAGCUGGAUGUAGCUGUGAUGAAGUGUUGUGCUGGAAAGCUGGUCUGGACGUUUGAGGAAGAUCGAAUGAUUCUUAAAAUGUGUAACCGCUGUGUGGACCUCAAUAGAGGAUAUGCAAGAAUUUUGGAUUGA